AUAAAUAAAUUAUUAAUUAAGUUAUUAAUUAUAAUAUAACUUAUACCGAAAUUAAAUAAUUCAUCAUGACCAGCACACCAACCCCGCUAACAUCAAACGGCGCAUUUAUGGCCCGGUAUAUGGCGCUAUAACAACCGGCCGACAAGAUCCAGGUCACCUACGUAUACAUGCAUCCGGGCAACGACAACCUAGCGCAUUAUUGCGGCAAAACCAAAGUGGUCGACUUUGUGCCCAAACACCCCGACGACCUGCCCAUAUGGGACUCGGGUGUACUCACUUCAUACGAGGACGAGAUACUCCUACGGCCGGUACGGCUAUACAAAGACCCAUUCAGGGGCGGCAACAAUAGGCUCGUCCUAUGCGAUGCACUCAACGGUGAUAUGAAACCCCUGAUCAGUAAUCACCGGCACAGUUGUCUGGAGGCCAUGGAGGCUGCGGCCAAACAGCACCCGUGGUUUGGUAUAGAGCAGGAAUAUAUGCUUAUGGAUGGCAAUGAUAGGAAACGGCCACUGGGCUGGCCCGUCAACGGCUACCCGGAGCCCAUAUCGGCCCCUCAUGUACUAUAUCACGGCGCUGUUGGCGCUAAUAAUCAAUACGGCAGAGAUGUUAUGGAGGCUCACUUCAGGGCCUGUCUGUACGCCGGCGUUAAUAUUAGUGGCGAAAAUGCCGAGGGUCAGCCAUCGCAGUGGGAGUACCAGGUGGGUCCGUGCGAAGGCAUACAAAUGGGUGACGAUCUGAUAAUGUCUCGGUAUUUACUGUUACGGGUGGCCAAAGACCUGCACAUUAAGGUCACAUUUGACCCAAAGCCUGUGCCCUCAUGGAUGGGCAACGGAGCGCACUGUAACUUCAGCACUGAUGCCAUGCGCCGGGAGGGAGGCAUAGCCGAGAUUAACCGGGCUAUUGAGGCGCUCAGCAAACGGCAUGACAGACAUGUGGCGGCCUAUGACCCGAGGGGUGGCGCAGAUAAUAAGCGCCGACUGACUGGUCAAAUGUGGUCAAGCGAUAUAAGCAAGUUCUCGUCAGGUGUGGCCAAUCGGGCGGCCAGUGUUCGCAUACCAAAGCGCGUAUCGAUGGCCGGAAAGGGCUAUUUCGAGGACCGGCGCCCGUCAUUAGGCAUUAGACUUAAAUACCCGAUUUCCGGGAAAUCUACCCGUGGGCCAAACAAAUUAUACCUCUUAAUCUGUUAA